AUGAUCAUGGAACAAACAAGAGACUGGGAACUCGCGGAGGCGCUGGGCAUCAAGACGUCGUUACGGCCGCCGCCCGUCUGGCAGCACCGCAUCGACCUCGGCCAUUUCAAGGACGACCCUAUCAAGACGUACGAGCGCGAACUCGAAUGGACCGUGCUUCGGGCCAACUCGCAAGAGAUUUGCCAAAAGCUCUCCCAGGCUCCGCCCCGCUUCACCUUCCUUUCCGCCCUCGUGGUCAAGCUCAUCAUCCGCUUCGCCCUCGUCGAUGUCCUAGCGUACCUCGAACAGAAUCAGCCCGAGCUCUUCAUGGUCGGCUUCGACGGGCCCAUCCUACCCUUGAACGCGUCCGCCUACUAUCCACAAAUCUCCGUGCUCAAUUACUGGAGGGACAGCAGCUGGUUCAAGAGGAACCGCACCUACAUCCCCGAGGCGAUGGACCACGCCUCGGCCAACGGCCACGUCGAGGUGCUCGACUGGUGGCUGCGCGAGGCCGAGCUUCCCCUCAAGUAUUCCGAGGCCGCCCUCGAACAAGCCAGCGGGCAUAACCAUUUGGCCGUCCUCGAGUGGUGGCGCCUCGCCGCCACCAUCGACGAGCGGGUCGUUCUCCGCCCCGGCCGCGUGCCCACCAUCGCCAGCCGCUGGGGCCACGUCGGCAUUCUUGAGCUCUGGCGCCAGCUCAAGGGCGACGAGAAAAUCGUCUGCGAGGAGGACGCCCUCGUCCAGGCCACCAUUCACCAGUAUAUCGACGUCCUCGAGUGGUGGAAGCAGUUUGCCCACGGGAAGCUCCCGGAGGCCCUCGAAGACAGCAUGGGCAAGGAUAAUGACAAGGUUCGCCAAUGGUGGGUGAACAACGGCCUCAACUUGGGGCUGAUGAACAUGGAGUGGAUCUUGACGCGGUCCCUCUAA